AUGAAAUUUGUUUUAUUUGUGCUUCCCAUCAUCUUAUUGAUUUGUACUGUAUAUGGCAGUAAUGAACCAUUCAUUAUACCACCAUUUCUAUUGGGCGCACCGGAAUCAGUGAUGAGAGAAAUGCAGGAACUGUUGCAAGAAUAUGCCGACAAACCGGAUUAUCAAAUGGAAAGAGCAGUAGAAGAAUGGGUGAAAGCAAAAGGUGGUAUGAUUAAGGUAAAAUACGAUCAAUUUAAAGCUAACAUGCAACAAUUGCAUAACAAAGCAACUUUAUUGCGAAAAACAAUGGCGCAAAAUUUGUCAAAAGAAGCCAAAAAAGCUGAUAUGGAAUUGAUUAAUAUUGGACGAAAUAAAUCAUUAUCAGCGCAACAGAAAAAAAAGAAAUUUGAAGCAUAUUUAAUGAAUUUAUCCCAAGCAGUCAGAAAUGAAUUACAAACAGUAUUCUAUGCUAAAUUUUAA